GCCGACUAUGCUAGCUAGUAGCUAAUAGCUGUUAGCUCCCUUCUGAAGUCAGAGGAGUCAAUUUAAGAGUCAACCCCGCCAGGUUUGUCUCCAACCAAGCAACGUUGGAAAAUAUGGUUUUGAAUCUCUGUCUGCCGCCCUUUCAUACAACAGUUCAAUGCAACAAGCUGUGUGCAGAUGGCUAUGAUGUCACAAACCUUGUGUCGGAUGACCCUGCUCUCAGGAGGCGUGGCUUCAAGCUGGAGUACUUCCUACGGCCACCUGUACAGGUGACGUUAAAGUUUGGCUUCCAGGUGGAGCUGUGCAGGGUGGAUGUGGAGCUGUGGACCUGGGGUAUGGACCGAGGACAGGCUUGUAAGAGACUCGAGAUCAGCACCACCUCCGAUACGUUACCCACCCACAAUUUUGACCAUGGCCACAAACGUGUUCAGCAAAAGAAACAAGUGCAGGUAACGGACCAGAAACAGAGGAGAGAAAAACAACAAGAGCAUGCAGGUGAACAUGGCCAGAGUACUGUCAACCAGUGGAGACUUCAGGCUCAACAGUGGGGGGAAGAGGCCCCCGACGAGGCCCUAGAUAAGCCUCAACAAAGACGCCAGGCGUUUAAAUCAAACACUGAACCCAGUAAUCCUGAACUGGACUUUAAACUUGUGGGUCGUUGCGAACUCAGGGAUCAAACUCAAGUCUGUUUCUCACGCUCAAAUUUCAGGCCCCGGCCCCCGUUCCUCUCCCCUCUGCCGCCGCCACCUGCGAACUGUCGGCAGGAGGAUCUGUGGAGUCGGGGUUUGCUCUCAUUAGGCGCAGUGACGCAACUUCGCGUGACUCUGCCGUUCGGCGGUGCAGCAUCUGCUCUUGGUCUCAAGGCUUUGGCCGUGUGGGGACAACCUGCUCGCUGCUGCCCUGCAGAAGAGGUGGAGAGGAUUAAAAGAGUCCACGAGGCCGGCGAAAGACGGCCGCCAAGACCUGUGUUUUUUGCCCCUUCUGUCAGCAGGAUCACACCACCACUGCAAGCAGCUACAUCCCCAGGCAAUCUCUCCAUCCCAGAAGAGUUCCUCGACCAGAUAACCCAGGAGGUCAUGUUGCUGCCCAUGCUGCUGCCCAGUGGCGUGUCAGUGGACAGCACCACACUGGAGGAGCACCAGAAGAGGGAAGCCACCUGGGGGCGACCCCCGAACGAUCCCUUCACUGGGGUCCCGUUCACUUCCACCUCCCAGCCUCUUCCCAACCCCCAACUGAAAAGCCGCAUUGACCACUUCGUACUGCAGAAAGGGAUGUUGGGGAGGGACGGGAUGUUGGGGAGGGACGGGAUGUUGGGCAGACGAGCAGAGGGAGAGAAUCCACAGGCCUCAAGACUUAUAGCCUCCAAGGUGGAUGGACAGUCCCAUUACUCUCCCAGUUUCAGUGAAAGCUCAAUAAACAACACUGCUGUUCAAUAUAAUACUGGUACCAGAUGCACAAAUGGGACAUUAUCAUCAGAUAAUGGGAAUCGCACAUUUAACUCCCAGCCUCCCACUAUAGAUGGUAAAUCAGAGUUGUGGAGAAGAAAGAAACGAGACCUAAGUGGAGUUUACAACGAAUCAUCAGAAGAUUUGACAGCUGAGAAGCAACUACUACCUCAAACCAAAAGACCAAGAAAUGAUGCAGUUUUAGUCCCCAGCUGCAGCUCUCAUGAGCAGCGUUUGUCAGCCAGUCUGGACGAGGCCCUCCUCUCCGCCCUGCAGGGCCGCCCCUCCUUCACAUCAAACUUGUCUCAGCAGAGACGGGUUGGUCCUGACUCUGAGCCACUGAACACCCCACAGCAAAGUCGGACUGCCAGCACUCCAAGCAUGCAACCAGGCGAGAAGAUGUGCUCGGCGUGUUCCUGCUCGGUGUCCGUCUACUCUAAAUCGGCAUCAUCCAUCUACCGCCUGACCUGCGGCCACUUGCUCUGCCAUUCCUGCGCGCGGAGGGAAUCUCAACCACUGAACUCUGUCACUACACCGACACCCGACCACAUCUUGUGUCCGGCCUGCCAAAGCCCCACUCCACGCAGUGAUGUCAUGCGUGUGCAUCACUGACGGAUGUCGUCGGAAAGGCAAAGUCACGCCUUUUUGGAAUUCCUGUAAAAAAAAUGAGGAGCAUUGUAUAGAAGGUGAAGUACUUCAGAUGUACAGCUUUUGGGGAAAACACAGCAUUUACAGCUGGAAGUAACCUAGCUGAAAGGUCCUGGUUACAUUUUGUUUUGUAGACUGUUGACUUGGUUUGAUGCUACCUCCGAGCCCCUCCUUGAUAGACGGUGCAUCCUCACAUAUGCGUGGUGCUGCAUGUUUGACAGGCGUUGGAUUAUAUGAUGACGUCCUAAACAAAUGCCAAAUGUGUCACUAUUCAUCCCUCAUUUCUAACUUGUUUGGAAUUAUUUCUAUAUUCGUUCUUAUUCACGCACGUUAUAAGUACUUCAAGUCCUGCUAUGGGUUCUUGUUCUUUCCUUGGACCGGUGAUGUCACAUAAUCAAUGUUUUGAAUUUCCACAGCGGUAGAAAGAACAUCAGUGAAAGCAAAGACCUUUACAAUACAAGAAUCUUGCGUAGGAGAAUGUACAAAUAAAACAAGGUCUCUUUCUCUUUUCAACGAGCACUGAAGUGUGGUUGCAGCCUUGGUUCUGCAGCCAUGGAUGAGUAGAUGUUUUGAGGAGGCACAAAGAGAAAGGUUGGGGGACAGAAGUAGCAAGAGGAAAGUGGAUUUCCAGUGGACCCAAGGCUCCGAGGUCAUUGGGAAGAAACACGCCGGGUCGCGUUCGGCCGUUAAAUUACAUUCCCUAUACUGUUGCAUAGGUUGUUUCUUCUCAGUAAAUGCAGGAAUACAAUGUAAACAACGAAUUGAGACUGAUUACUUACUGAUUUAAUAUUCAAAUUAAAUAUUCUUGCAUGAGUUCACGCAAUGGCAAGUGUUUUCUCAGGUAGGCUCGGAAAGCCGGUUUUCUUUAAAGCUGGUGUAACGCGAUCAAGUUUCGGACUGACUGCGUCUGUGGUUUCAUUUCCUGUUACUGCUGUAACGUGUCGUGUUGGAAAAUAAAUGUGUGCACAAUGUCAAA